AUGCCAGUAUUAUAUAAUUUAACAUUAAAGAAGCCUACGGGUGUAACGGCUAGUGUUCAAGGUAGUUUUUCAGCUCCAAAAGCACAAGAGUUUGUAGUAGCACGUUCACAUAUACUUGAACUUUAUAGUUUAAAUUCAUUAGGGAAAUUACAACAACUUGUUAGUGUUGAAGCUUUUGGUAUUGUAAGAGCACUUGCAGCUUUUAGACUUACUGGAGCAUUAAAAGAUUAUCUUGCCGUCACAUCUGAUAGUGGUCGAUUAGUGAUUCUAGAAUAUUCAACACAAACCAAUUCAUUCAAAAGAAUACAUUCCGAAACUUAUGGAAAAACUGGUGUUAGAAGAAUAGUACCAGGACAAUAUUUAGCAGUAGAUCCAAAAGGACGUGCAAUAAUGAUAGGUGCAAUAGAGCGUCAGAAAUUUGUAUAUAUAUUAAACCGAGACACUAAGGCAAAUUUAACAAUCAGUUCACCAUUAGAAGCACAUAAAAGUCAUUCAAUAUGUUUUGAUUUAGUAGCAUUGGAAGUGGGAUAUGAAAAUCCAAUGUUCGCAUCAUUAGAACAAUCAUAUGAAAAUGUUGAUGCUAUGCAAAUUGAUAUUAAUACACCACAAUUAGAAUCUAAUCUUAAUACUAUGGAUUUAGAUUCACUGAAUGGUGUGGAUUCCAACAGAGGAAUGGGUUCACACACAGGAAUGGGUUCACACACAGGAAUGGGUUCACACAAUAUGAACUCACACAGUGGAAUGGAUCCACGUAAUGGAAUGGAAUCAGAUGUAGUAUUGAAUUCUGAAUUAUUACGUAAAGGAUUAUCAUUUUGGGAGAUGGAUUUGGGAUUGAAUCAUGUAGUAAAGAAGGUGACAUUACCAGUAGAUUUGUCAGCACACUUGUUGGUACCAGUACCAGGAGGACCAGGAGGAGUAUUAGUAUGUUGUGAGAAUUAUUUAGUAUACAAGAAUUUGGAGCAUCCAGAUGUUUUUUGUUCAUACCCAAGACGUUUGGAGAUGUCAGAAUCACAAACGUUGUUGAUAACGAACUAUUCAGUACAUAAGAUGAAGGAUUUUUUCUUCAUACUGCUGUUAUCAGAGUAUGGAGACUUGUAUAAGAUCGAGUUAUCACAUGAUGACAAUACAGUGAGUGAGGUGGUGAUUCGAUAUUUUGAUACAGUAGACGUGGGAAUUUCAAUGUGUAUACUAAGAUCAGGUUACUUAUUCAUAGGUUCAGAAUCAGGAGAUCACAAGUUAUACCAAUUUACAUCAUUAGACAAUGGAGACAAGGAUGUAAUAUGUACAAGUUUACAUCCAGACGCUAAAAAUGCCAUCAUAGCGUUUAAGCCAAGGGUAUUACAGAAUUUAGUAGUAGUGGAUAGAAUGAGUUCGAUGGGAUUAGUAGUGGAUAUGAAAGUGGCCGAUGUCAUGGGAUUAAAUAAUUAUGAUAUAUUUGUAGCAUGUGGUCGUUGGUACAAUUCACGUCUUAAAUGUUUAAGAUAUGGUUUCAAUACUGAGGAAUUAGCUUUCAAUGAGUUACCUGGACGUCCUAAACAUGUCUUCACCAUCAAAUCUCUAGAAUCCAAUUUUGAUGAAUAUAUUAUCAUCUCAUUUCAAGGUAAUACACUUGUAUUAUCUAUUGGUGAAGCUGUAGAAGAAGUAACUGAUUCAUUUUUUUUAACAUCAAUAACAACAUUACAUUGUUGUUACAUGUCAUACCGUAACGGAGUUAGUAGUAGUGGAGUAGGAGGAGUGAGUGGAGUAAGUGGAGUAGGUACUGUUACUAAUGGAGUACCUGUUACUGGUGGUACGGGUAUUACUAGAGGAAUAUAUGUACAAAUACAUGAUGGUGGAUAUAGAUAUUUAUCAGGUGAUAUAAUAAAAGAAUGGAAAGUACAAUCAACAAAAAGAGUAAAAUUGGCAGAUAAUAAUGAUACACAAUUGAUAUUAGUAUUGACUGGAGGUGAAAUAAUAUAUUUCCAACUUACAGAUACGGAAGUACCAGAAUUGGUAGAAGUAGGUAGAAGGAAUUUAUCAACAGAAAUAACAUGUUUAGCAAUACAACAUCCCAAUUCUGGUACUAAAGCUGAAUUCUGUUGUUGUGGUAGUAUUGAUAAUAUUGUACGAAUUAUGAAAUUAGAUAAAAAUCUCAAAUUAUGUUCAUCACAAAUAUUAGGAAAUAAUUCAUUACCAGAAUCUGUAACAUUACUUACAAAUGAUGAAAUAUAUUUAUAUGUUGGAUUGAAUAAUGGUGUAUUAAUACGUAAUACAUUGGAUAUGAUAGGUAAUUUAAUAGAUCAAGAAUCAAGAUUUAUGGGUACGAAACCAUUAAAAUUAAAAUUAUUACAGUAUAUGGAAAAACAAUGUUUAAUCUUAAUGAGUAUUAAGACUUAUAUUAUUAUACCCAAUUAUCCAAAUAAUAAUAAUCUUGAUAUAUUACCAUUAUAUAUACAAUCCAAUGUUAUUGAUACGGUGGAUACUAGAGAUAGUAUUAGAGAUGGUACUAGGGAUAGUAUGAGAGAUAAUACAGUGGAUAGUAUUGAUACAUUUAAUAGUUUAUUAUGUUUAAAUGGAUUUGUAUGUAUAUUGGGAAAUAAUUUGAAAAUAUUCCGUUGUAUAAUUAAUGGUGAUGUAUUUAGUGAAAUUACUAUACCAUUAGAAUAUACACCAAGAAAAUUAUUAUUAUUACCAUCAAACUUAUGUAAUAUACCGAGUACACAGAUGGGUGUACAUGGAGUACAAGGUAUGGGAUCACAGAUGGGAGUACAAAGUAUAGGAUCACAAGGUGUUGGAUCACAGAUGACAUCUGGUAUAGGAUCACAAGGUAUUAGUAUGAUGGGAAAAUUAAAUGUAUUAAUAUUAAUAGUAGAAUCAGAUUAUAAUUCAUAUAAUAUAGAACAAGUAGAAGAAAUAAAUAAAGAAAUGAUGUCGAUAAAGUUGGAAGGAGACAAUUUUGAAGUAAUGGAAUUGAAAAAUUAUAGAGCAGGAGUGGGGAAAUGGAGUUCAUGUAUAAGAAUAAUUAAUCCAAUAAAUUUAGAAACUAUAGCCAAAUUGUUAUUUACUGAAAAUGAAGCAGCUACUACAGCAUAUACUUGUAUAUUAAAUUCAAUACAAUUGUUGAUAGUUGGGACUAUUAAAAAUGCACAUUUAUAUCCAACACACAUGGAUGUAAAUGAUGAAGUGGAAAGUUGUAUACGUGUAUAUGAAUAUGAUUCGAAUUAUAAUAAUUUGGUGAAUGGAUUUAAUAUAAAGUUAUUACAUAUAACAAAUACGAAGGGAUGGAUCCGUUGUUUUAACAAUUAUGAAAACAAAUUAUUAUUAUGUGCCAUUGGAAGUAAAUUGAGAAUGUAUUCAUUGGGUAAGAAGCAAAUGUUAUUGAAAGGAGAACAUCGUAGUCUAACAAGUCAUGGAUUUAUGGAUAUAAAGGUGAUUGGGAGUAGAAUAUACUGUGGAGACAUAAGAGAAAGUGUACAGUUACUGAGAAUAAAAUUCUAUGGUGAGGAUCUUGGGGAAUUUGAAUUAACAACUACCAGUACAGGCCCACGCUGGUUAUCAAGUAUGGAAUUAUUAGACUACAGUACAGUAAUAGCUGGUGAUAAAUUCGAUUCCAUAUUUGUAUCCAGAGUACCACAUAACGAAGAUGUAGUACGGAGUAACUAUUUUGAAUAUCAUAACCAAUUCCAUCUCGGAGACAUUGUGACAUCAUUUCAGAGGGUAAGAAUUAAUCCAAUACACUCAGAAGUGGUAUUAUACACUACUUUGAUGGGUUCAAUUGGUGUAUUGGUACCAUUUGUAAGUAAAGAUGAGUUGGACUUUCUACAGCAUUUGGAAAUGCUCAUGUGCAACCAAAUUGAUACCGUCACUGGAAGAGAAGUACAAAUGUUCAGAAGUUAUUAUUUCCCAGUACAAAAUAUCGUCGAUGGUGAUUUAUGUGAAAUGUACAUGACAUUAGAUGAUAAAUAUAAUAUUGCCAAUCAAUUAAAUUUAAAAGUUAAUGAAAUUAUUAAAAAAUUAAAAAAUAUCAGAAAUCGUAUUUUCUAA